AUGACGGGAGAUCAAGAGGCUGACUGUACAUGUAUGGUAGUUAUCCAACUUUCCCCAUCAUCAGCACCUAUGAGAGGAUCAAGAAUUUUAGAAGAUGGAAAUAAGAAAGCCAUACAGUGCGCGCGGAAGAAAGAACUUUUACCUGAGGUCACCAUUAAACAAGAAAACCAGUUUUAUUUUUGCGUAAUUACUGACCUAUAUAUAUAUAUAUAUUAUUUUUCGCAGGGCCAUGACACAACAGCAGUUGGGAUCAGCUGGGCUAUAUAUGCAUUAGGUCUGUAUCCCGACAUUCAGGUGAAGGUCCAAGAGGAAGUCGACUCCAUCUUUGGAGAUGAUCAUGAUCGACCAAUAACAGCUGACGACCUUAAACAAAUGAAGUACAUGGAAUUAGUAUUGAAGGAAACUCAACGUCUCUUUCCUUCAGCUCCGUUUAUAGCACGUGAUCUUGUUGAAAAUUUAAACGUCAAUGGCUACGUACUUCCAAAGGGAACGACCUGUAUAAUUUUGACGUAUAUGCUACAUCGAAAUGAAGAAGUAUUUGCUAAUCCGGAGAAAUUUGAUCCAGAGCGUUUCUUACCAGAAAAUUGUGUUGGUCGUCACCCUUAUGCGUACACCCCAUUUUCCGCCGGUCCCAGAAAUUGUAUAGGUCAAAAAUUUGCUUUCAUCGAAGAAAAAGUAAUGCUUGCCACAAUUGUUAGGCAUUUUAAUAUCACGUCUUUGGAUCAGCGAGAUAAACUUGAAAUCAAAAUGGAGAUGGUCCUGAGAUCCAAAAAUGGUUUACGGAUCCGCAUGGAAGAAAGGAGAAAAAAGUGAUUCAGAACUAUUUACUUAUCUCCUAGUUUAUGCUAACAGAAUAGGCAUGUCUUUCUAUUACUGGUUUGUUUGUUUUAGAGUAAAGCCAUAUUGGGCUAUUUGUUGUUUCUACCACGGGGAACCGAACUUUUUAAUUACUAACGUUGUACAAAAAUAUAAAUUAAAAACUAUUAGUCUUCUCUCACGUUAAUAUAUUUAUUUUUGGCGAGCUUUGGGCAUUUUGAGUUCAAGUAUUUAUGAUUUACAUUUUUAUUAGAUUAUUCAGCUGUAUUUUCAUGACUCACCAGCGUAUGAAAGAUAAUUUUUCCAACAUGAUGUGAGUGCUACCAUCGUAUUUAACAUUCUCUAAUUACUGGAAAUGUACACUUUAUAACUGUGUUUCACCGGUAUAUUAUGA